CGCCAGAGCAAAGGGAACCAAGCUUAAAAAGCCCGUCAUCCCCUCCACAAGCCCUUUUUUUGACAUCACGAUACCCCUUCAUACUUUCAUAAUGGCUUCACGACCUGCUGCUCGCGCUCUGCGCCAAACUGCUCGCCAAUUGGUUGCUGCUCCUGCCCAGAAGCGCACCUUUGUCUCUGCUCUCCGCGCUGGUACCGCAGCUGCUCCCAAGGCGGCUGUUACCUCUCAGUUCCAGCAGACCCGCGGUAUCAAGACGAUUGACUUCGCUGGUACCAAGGAGACCGUCUACGAGCGUGCUGACUGGCCAAGGGAGAAGCUUCUUGAAUACUUCAAGGACGACACCCUCGCCCUCAUCGGCUACGGCUCCCAGGGCCACGGCCAAGGUCUCAACCUGCGCGACAACGGCCUAAACGUCAUUGUCGGUGUACGGAAGAACGGUGCCUCGUGGAAGGAGGCCGAGCAGGAUGGCUGGGUCCCCGGCAAGAACCUCUUCGAUAUCGAUGAGGCCAUUGGCAAGUCGACUAUUGUCAUGAACCUUCUCUCCGAUGCUGCCCAGUCGGAGACUUGGCCCGCUAUCAAGCCCCAGCUCACCAAGGGCAAGACUCUUUACUUCUCCCACGGCUUUUCUCCCGUCUUCAAGGACCUCACCAAGGUCGAAGUCCCCACGGAUAUCGAUGUCAUCCUCGUCGCCCCCAAGGGCUCCGGCCGCACCGUCCGCACCCUCUUCCGUGAGGGUCGCGGCAUCAACUCCUCCGUCGCCGUCUUCCAGGACGUCACCGGCAAGGCCAAGGAGAAGGCUGUAGCCCUCGGUGUCGCCGUCGGCUCUGGAUACCUCUACGAGACCACGUUCCAAAAGGAGGUGUACUCUGACUUGUACGGCGAGCGUGGCUGCCUUAUGGGCGGUAUCCACGGCAUGUUCCUUGCCCAGUACGAGGUGCUCCGUGAGCGCGGCCACAGCCCGUCUGAGGCUUUCAACGAGACCGUCGAGGAGGCUACCCAGUCGCUGUACCCUCUGAUCGGUGCCAACGGCAUGGACUACAUGUACGCUGCCUGCUCGACAACCGCCCGCCGUGGUGCUAUCGACUGGAGCAAACGCUUCAAGGAUGCUCUCAAGCCCGUCUUCGAUGACUUGUAUACCUCCGUUGAGAACGGCAGCGAGACAAAGCGCUCGCUUGAGUACAACUCGCAGCCGGACUACCGCGAGAAGUACAACCAGGAGCUCAAGGAGAUUGAUGACCUCGAGAUCUGGCGCGCUGGCAAGGCUGUCCGCUCUCUCCGCCCCGAGAACAUCAAGUAAACGCAGCUUUGACUAGAAAUAACUGAAGGACGAAAGGAUGUUCGUGCGGAAGAGGGCAAUGUGUAGAUAUGUCUUGUCUUGUUACUGAUUCGGAUCUUGGGCGUCGGCGCGUUAUCUUUUCCAUCUAAGGGCGGCUUAGGUUUCUACAAGACGGAAAACUCACGGUCUAAAAAGCAAAUGAUACCUAUUCAUGACACGAGAGAAUGAGUCGCAUUGCUGUUUACGAUGCUAUUAACAAAACGCAUACAUAGGAACCAAUUCCAAAACAUUUCAAAAUACCCCAGACUUGAUUCCAUCCCCCACAAUCACCGAUUCUCAAAUCUCCCAC